GUUGCUCCUAGAAGUUGCCGAGCAUCCGCAACGGCUAGUUAGUCACUGCUUCACGUCCAUCACAUUCCCCGGUCUCGCGUCGCCUCGCAUGCUUAGCGAGAGACUCCUCCGCGCAAUUCAAGCUCCUAAGUAAUGGCUCCUAAGUUGACGACGCGUCGUCACCGAUUCGUCAGCCUACAGCCGCCGACAAUGGUAGCUUGCCGACCUUUACCCAGCAACGUCAAUAUGCCUUCUAGCUAGAAUGGUGGUAGUUUUUAUCCAUCGGUAUUCUUGAGAUGCCAAAAUCUCGGCAAUCAGCGAAGCUCUAGCUCCUUGAACUUAUUCCUUCGCAGGCCGUAGUGACGUGCGUGAUUCGGCUACCUCUAUUGGCUCCCUCCGUCCACUAGUUAGUAAAUUAUAUGCGGCCGCAAUGGGCCUUACGUCCGAAAGUUAGGAGACUAUUGGCACACGCAAUGCGCCCUUAGUUGCGCUCUCUUCGUCCGGGACGUACAAGAUUAUAACGACAGACGCAAUGCGACACUAGUCUCUCUUUUCUUCCGAUAUUAAACACAUAUUUUAAUUUAUAACGACAGCCGCCAUGAAGAAGCGGUCCGGCAAGCCGUCGGCGUCGUCCCUGGUGGCGAUUCGGUUCGACUUCAAGGUGCAUCUGAUCGAGCUGCGCCCGUGGCUGCGCAUGGGCGCGCCGGCGAUCAUCCAGUGGCAGCGCGGGGACAAGCGCACGGGGUUCUCCAAGCCCGUGCGCGCGCAGCGGGACGAGGGGGGCGCGGACGAGAGCGCGUUCAAAGUCGUCAUCGACCAGACGUUCCGAGUCCCCGCCACGCUGUACCGCGAGCGCGGUGGCCCCGGCGCGGCCUACCAGCGCAAAACCGCCGCGUUUUCCAUCCACGAAGCGCAAGCCGACGACUCGGCGCAGCCCAAGCCCACCGCCCUCGGCAAAGCCUCCCUGGACCUCUCCGCGUUCGCGGACUGCCAGGGGGUGCUUCCCCAUUCCGUGCCCGUGCAGGUGUCCAAGUCGCUGGGCGCCGCGCUAGGGCAGCCCGAGCUGGUCAUAACGGUGGAGUGCGCGGGGAAGAAGCUGAGCAAGGAGGCUGCUGCGGACGAGGCUGGCGCGGGGGUGUAUGGCGGGGCAGGGGGCGCGGGGGGGGGGUCGCUGCCGCACUUCUACCCGACGAAGCUGGAGCCGUUUGAGGACGAGGAGGAAACGGCGGCGUCGUCGGGGGAUGAGACCUGCUACUCCGAUGCUGCUGGGUCCGUCAUUGGGGCGGGGGGCAGUCGGCGGGGGACGCUUUCGGACCAUGGGGGGAGUGAUUCGGAGCACAUGCGCGCAGGGGGGGCGCAUGGGGGGCAGGGCGGGCAGGGGACAGGGAAGGGGCACAGACGGAGGGGAAGUGAGGCGUCUUCAGGGGGGCACGAGGGUCAGAGCAGCGAUUCCGAGCUGGUCAGGCGGAGCAGUGGCGCCAGGAAAGGCCACGUGGCGGGGUACGAGGACCAGGGAAGCUCCACGCCAGGCUCGGCAGCAGGUUCGACGGCAGGUUCGGCAGCAGGUUCGGCAAGCGGUUCGCCAAUGCGUGCUGCAGAGCGGAAUAGGAGGCUGAAGGACGCUCCUGGGAGCGAGAGGGAGAGAACAGGCGCGGGCAGGCGGGAGAAGGGCCGGGCGAGGGACGGCAGCAGCGGAUACGACAGGAGGCACUCGGGGGGAGAGAUGGACCUGAGUCUUGCUUUCCAGGGGAAAGGGGGCGCAGGGAGGGCGCAGGGCGGGGGAGGCGGGGGGUUGCCGCCAGUGGGCGCAGGGGGAGGGGCGGAAGGGGGUCUGGGGAGUCGCAUGUCGUCCCUGCCAGUUGAGAGGGGCAUGGGGGGGCCGAGUGACGAGGCAUGGGCGCAGGAUGCUUGGGAGGAAGGGGAGGAAGGGGCGGAGGAGGAGGAGGAGGAGGAGGAGGAGGAGGAGGAGGAGGAGGAGGAGGAGGAGGAGGAGGAGGGGCGAAGAGGGGUGAUGGAGGAAGGCGAAGAGGUGGGGGAAGACGAUGGGUUUGGGGGGGAGGAGGGGGAGGAGGGGGGGGAUGGGGCGGGUGGAGGGUCGUUUGAAGACCUGAACGACGCGUUUGGGAACGUGGGGGGGAUGCUGGGCAGGACUGGCGGCGGGGAGGCAUCAGACGCGCAUGACAUCUACGUGCACGACCCCCAGGGCAGCCAUGGCCUUCAUGGUGACGGGGAGGAUGAUGGCGAUGGUGCUGUGGAUGACAUGUAUGGGCAGGACGACAUGCGUGAUAUGUACGGGCAUCAUGGCAUGGGAGGGGGCAUGGGGAGGGGCAUGGGGAGGGGCAUGGGGAUGGGCAUGGGGAUGGGCAUGGGAGGGGAGGAGCAGGAGGAGGAGGAGGUGAGGGAGGAGGACUUGGAGGACUUGUCUCUGGCGUACGAGAGGCGAGGGCCGGGGCAGCAGCAGCACGGCGGCGGCAUGGGGGCGGACGGAGGGAUGGGGGCGAGGAAAGGCGGCCGGCAGCAGCAGCAUCAGCAGCAGGAAGCGGAGGGGGAGUACUGGGGUGAUGAUCAGGAGGGCAUGGGGGGGGAGUACGGGCAGGGGGGAGGGUACCAGGGAGAGGAGGACUAUGGGCAAAUAGAGGAGAACUAUGGGGAGGAAGAGGGGUACGGGCGCGGGCAUGGGCAUGGGCAUGGGCAUGGGAAAAGGGGGCAGGGGCGAGGGGGGUAUGAGGAGGCGGAUGGGGAGUUAGUCCAGGUGGAGGAGUACGUGAAUGAGGGCGAUGGGGAUGAUGGGGGCGAUGGGGGUGAUGGGGAUGAUCACAAUGGCGGCAUGAACGGGGGCCAAGGGGCGUACGACGAGGCGUUUGGGUUCGAGCAGAGCCAGGAUGCAGACAGGUACGAGGACCAGCAGGAGGGGUAUGCGGAUGAGGAUGGGGGGUACCGCAACCAGCAGGGGGGAUACGGCGAUCAGCACAUCCGGGCGAGAGGGGGAGAAGCGGACCAGGGAGCCCAAGAGGAGGAGGACGCGGAGGAGGAGGAGGAGGAGGAUGAAUUCGAGACGCUGCCUCCGCCGCCCCCCAAGUCGCCCCUGCGGCGGCCCCUGGAGGGCAAGGAGCGGCGCGACCCCUUCAACGACUCGCUGCACUUCGGGCUGACCUCCCCUGGCAGUCCGGGGGGCGACCUGUUCCCGGUGAACCUCAAGAAGCCCAUGCCCUACGUGGGGGGGGUCUUGGACGGGGAUCACAUUACUCCUUCGCCACGCGCUGGGAGCAGCGGUGCUGGUGGUGGGGGCAGUGGGUCGGAUUCAGGCAGUGGGGGCGGGGGAGGGGCAGGGGGAGGGGGAGGGGCAGGGGGAAGGGGAAGCGGGGGGGUGUUGGGCCAGUCGAAGAGCAUGAAGGUGGUAGGGGACAGGACAGGGGAGCGGGAGGAGGAGCGGGUGACGGGCGACGCGUCGAGUCUGGAGUUUGAGUGGCGCAAGGUGCGCACGGAGAAGAAGCUGGUGGAAGAGGAGAAGCGCGCGCUGCAGACCCUAGGGGACGAGGUGCAGCGGCUGCGAGUAUGGGCGGAGAACGAGAGAGCAAGGCUCAAGAAGGAGCAGGCGCAGUUGGAGGGGGAUAGGAAGCGUUGUGCGGAGCUGGAGACCCAAAUGGCAGAGUUUUCCUCGUGGUCCGAGGCGGAGGAGGAGCGGAUCCGGCAGGAGAGGGAGGAGGCGGAGCGGAUGAGAGAGGCAGCGGAGGAGGUGGAGAAGAGGGUGCGGGCGGAGAGGGAGCGGUUCGAGUGGGAGCAGCAGCGUGUGCUCGAGGAGAAAGCGCACCUCGACGAAGCUGCUGCUUCAGUCGCCGAGGCUCUGGCUCGGGCUGCAGAGGCUGAGGAGCGGGCGAGGAGUGCGGAGCGGAAUUUCGGGCGGUUGCCCGGGGAUCUGAGAGACGCGGCGAUGGCUGACGUGGCAGUGUAUGCAGUGAGGCCGGAGCACGGGGGGUCCGUGCGGCGAGUCCACACCCCUGCGAGGCGAAUUGCGCGCGCGUACGCGUAUGUGCGCGUGCACGAGGCGGAUGAGAGGGUGGGGGGCGUGGCGAGGGUGGCGGUGACGGCACUGACCCUGGCCUCACAGGCAGCUGCUGACGAUGCGGCGAGGCUGCUCUUCUGGUGGUCCAACACUGCCAUGCUUCGGGAAGCCAUCGCCAGCAUCGCCCCCACUGAAGUUGGCUCUGACGGUCUCCCCUCUGCCGACUCCUCUUCCUCCUCCUCCUCGUUCCCCUCCUCUGACCGAACCUCCUCCGGCUCCGAACCUGAUUCCGAAGCUGCUGGGUCGGCGGGUUCCAGACCUGGCAAAAGGGCUUCUAGAGGAGGGGUGGCGGGGGCAGGGGCGGGGACGCUGGUGGCGGCGCUGAGGCGACUGGAGGAGUGGCAGCACGACCGGUGCUUGGAGCUGGUGUGGCGCAAGGUCUUCCUCCCAGCCCUUCGCCGCCCCCCCACCUCCCCCCCCUCCUCCUCCUUCUCCUCCUCCUCGUCCACCCUCUCAGCGGCCUCCUCGCUCUUCUCCUCCCUUGCUUCUGCCGCCACCACCAGCGCCUCCUCCCUGGCCUGGCCGGGCGGCCAGACCGUGAGCGGCGCUUUGGGCGGCGCACUGGGAUUGGGCGGGCAGAAGAAGCCGGCAGCGCCUCUUGCUGGAGGGGUGGCAGACGCUGAGCGGGCCCCCUGGUGGAGCAAGCUGGUGGGUGUGGAGCGGUGGAGAGCGGUGUUGCACGAGGCGUCGUUCGCCCUGUGCCCCCAGCGCGCCAUGGGGCGGUGCUGCGGCUGCGUGUACCUGCUGGAGAAGCAGGUUCUCGAGCACUGCCUCCUCCGCCUUGACACGGCCCUAUUCAACGCCCUCCUGCGACCCAAUCCGGACGUGCCUCCCUCCGACCCUCUUGCCGACCCUAUUACCGAGCCUGCUGCCCUGCCGUUCUGCACGAUGGGCAAGCUCACCUACUCCAACGGCAUGCACCUCAAAUACGCCACCUCUGCUUGGUCCACCCUUUUCCACGACCUUGAUUCGCACGUGCACGCCCAACUCGACCACCUCCUCGCAUCCUCCCACACACCCAACCACUCAGCCCCACACCACCCCCCCACACUCCCCCCCCCUCCCCCCUUCUCCUCCUCCGUCCUAGCCACCACCACUGCCUUUUGGGCCGGAGCCCUCGACCCCUCCGACCCCUCCCCCUCCUCCUCGCCGUCCUUCCCCUACUCGUCCUCCGCCUCUCAUCCCGCCUCCCCUCGCUUCCCUCCCAGUGCGGCGGCAGCACCCGGGGCGGCAGUGGCAGUGACGGGCGGACCGGGGGAGUAUUUUCCAAAGCUGAGGGCGAUGGCGCAGGUGCUGCUGCUGCCCAAGGACCUGCUGAAGGACCAGCAGGCGAGAAAAGAGGUGUGUGGCGAUCUGAGUGUGGCAUUGGUGCGCCGCAUCCUCGUCCUCUUCGCCCCGGAUGCCAGCGCGCCCGACGCCGUCUCCACCACGCUGCUGCAGCUGCUCAAUAGCGAGGUGCACAGCGAGUCCCGCCGUGCCAAGGGCAAUCCCUCCACAGACGUGGCCCCUCUCCCCCCCACACCCUACACCCCGCCCCCCUCGCCCUCGCUGCGUCUGCUGCUGGGGUCAGUGCGCCUGCUGCACCUGCCCCACCCCGGGGCGUCCGGACUCGCCCUGGACCGCGGGUACGAGAGUGAGGAGGAGCUGCGCCUUGUGGAGUCGCCCUCCGACCUCCUCGCCCACAUGAUCGCCCAGCUAGGGGGGCAGGGGACUGCAGGAGCCGGCGGUGCUGCUGGUAACGGUGCUGGUAAUGGUGGGGGAAUUGGGAAGGGUGCGGCGGGGAGUGGUGGGGCGAGUGGCAAGGGGCGGGUGUUUGGGCACCGGGACACGUACAAGAGCUCGGGGUACCAGCUGCUGGCUGACGUGUGGAGCAGGCAGGCCGCCAGCAAUGCUCACUCGCAGUCUGGCCACACAUAGCCGCCGCAAUGUGCAUGUGAUGUGAGAGACAGCUCAAGCCCUGGCCUCCAGUCAGAUGGCAAACUCAUGCGUAGCUAGGUGCCGUGCAGGAGAGAGUGAGUGAGAAGAGGCGGGGAGAGUGUGACGAGCUGUAGUGAUCUAGUGAGUAGUCUCAUGCCAGAUGGCAUGCUGCAUCAGCAAUCUCUAGGUGGUUGUGCUGCACAGUAUGGCACGAUAGGUGCUGGUUAAGUGCUGUUGUAGUACCAGGUGUCUAGUUUUGUCUGGUUUUGUGUGCAUACCAAACAAAUUACUUAU